AUGCUGCAAUGUUUGUUGAUUCGAAGAAGUAAAACGAUAUUUAGUGUAUGUAGAUUGUCCAGCAAAGGUAAGUGAUUUGAAAUUUGAUGAAAAUCCCAGGGAAAAUACUGAAAUUUCAGCAGAAGUAGCGAAAAUCGAUCCUGGCUCUGCAUACACAGCUUUGGGAAAUUUGCGACAAGAAAAGAAGGAUGUUUUUCAUUAUACUGAUCGAGAAAGCGGAAAAGGAUAUUCACACUAUUCAUCAACAGUUUAUCAACAUCGACCGUAUAUUUGGCCGCCGUUGAGAAAAUUGUAUCAUUGGAAUUUUGCGAUUGUUAUUGCUGGAUUUUUGAUUUUGUUGUGUGAUUAUGAAUGGUAGUAGAGCUGAAAACGUUGAAAAAAAUGCCAAAAAUUCUCAUUUUUCCAGGCUCGCCGGUCAAAUCAAAGACGCCACCUCAAGUUUUAGACCUCAAGCGUCACAAGCAAUUUCAGAAGCCGAAGAAGUGAGCUAAAAUCCUUGUCAAUAUUGUGUGUUUUUUUUAGUUUGUCUAACUUUUGCUGAAAAUACAUAGCUUAGCUUUUGUUUGAAUUUUUGACAAAAAGUGAGAUUUUUAGUCUCAAGAGAAGCCGAAAAAGAAGAAGAUUGGAUUCAGGGAGCGGAGAAUUAUCGAAUAUGAGGAUAGAUUGCGACUUUAUUCAACACCCGAUAAGAUUUUCAGAUAUUUUGCCACAUUGAAGGUAUAGUAGAACUUUACCUCUCAAAAACCCUCGGAUUUUUGCAGAUAAUCGAUCCAAAUGAUCCAUCAGGUCGACUUCAUGAGGUUUUCAUGACACCUGAAGAUUUUCUUCGAAGUUUUACACCAGGAGUAAUGCAACCAAGAAGAUGGGGUUUGGAUAGUUUCAAGAUCUAUCAACCCGAAAAACAUAAUAAGCAAAAAUUCUCGGAUCCGAAUAGUAUUUUUUAUAAAUUGGGAGAGAACGGAUUGAUCAAUUUUAGCGAUUAUUUGUUUUUGAUGACACUUUUGUCGAGUGAGUUUGGCUGGAAAUUGCUGAAAAUUGCAAUUUUCACCUGAAAAAUUGGAUGAAAAUCUGAAAAAUAUCAUUUUCGCGCUGAAAAUAUGCUGAAAAUCCCCCAAUUUCCUUCUGAAAAUCAUGAGUUUUCAGCUGAAAACUCGUGGGAUUUAUCAGCAUAUUUUCAGCGGGAAAUUGACCGGAGAUGAAGCUAUGCUCAAAUUUUCAGCACGAAAUCUGGAAUUUUGGCUGUAUAUAAAAUUUAUACCAAAGUUUUUAGCUGAAAAUCUCGAACUUCAAUAUUUUAAACAUCAAUGAAAUUUUCUUUAAAAAAACAAAAUUUCAGUCAAAAGUUGACUUCUAGAAGCUGUAUUUUAAUUAAAAUUCUGAAAUUGUCAUUUUCGCGCUGAAAAUAUGCUGGAAAUCCCCAUUUUUCAUCUGAAAAUCAUGAAUUUUCAGCUGAAAACUCGUGGGAUUUAUCAGCAUGUUUUCAGCGGGAAAAUGACCAGAGAUGCGGAAGCUAUGCCCAAAUUUUCAGCCAAAAAUCUGAAAAUUUCCAGCUUCGCACGCCGAUUUUGCACUGGCUUUCAAAAUUUUUGACGUAAACGGCGAUGGCGCUUUGGACAAAGAAGAGUUCACCAAAGUUCAACAACUCAUUAUGUCUCAAACUACAGUAGGUCAAAGGCACAGAGAUCACAACACAAUGAAUACGUCAUUUCGUGUCGAGACCAAUUCUGCACUCGAAGUCUAUUUCUUCGGAAAAGAUGGCAAAGGCAAAUUGUCGUCGGAGAAGUUUAUCGAAUUUCAAGAGAAACUUCAACACGACAUUUUGAAGAUGGAAUUUGAGAGAAGAGAUGCGAUGGAAAUGACGGAUGGAUUGAUUACGGAAGAGAGUUUUGGACAUUUAUUAUUGUUGCAUGCACAAAUUGGAGAAAAGAAGCAGAAACAUAUGUUGAAAAGGGUGAAAAGAAAGUUUAAGGGUGAGAUUUUGUAUCUAUGGAAAAUUUGGUAGAAAAUCUGAAAGGUUGUGAUUUUCCCGCUGAGAAUCUCGAUUUUCCUAUCAAAAAGGAAUGUUUUUGAAAAAUUCGCCAUUUUCGCGCUGAAAACAUGCUGAAAAUCCUCAUUUUUCAACUGACAAUCAUGAAUUUUCAGCUGAAAACUCGUGGGGUUUAUCAGCAUUUUUUCAGCGUGAAAUUGACCAGAGAUGCGGAAGCUAUGCCCAAAUUUCGCGCUUCAAAUUCGCACAUUUUUGCAGGCGACAACGCAAAAGGCAUCACAUUCGCCGAAACUCGCGCAUUUUUCGAAUUCCUUUAUCACAUCGAUGAUAUUGAUAUUGCUCUACAUUUUCAUAAAAUGGCCGGAAUGGCGAUUGACGCGAAAUUGUUGAAAAGGUGAGGAAAAGUCGCGCGAUUUUCCUCGCAAAAUAUUUUUUUUCGCAGAGUCGCUCUCAAAGUCACUGGUGUUCCGUUAAGCGACCAUGUUGUGGAUGUUGUUAUCACAUUAUUCGAUGAUAAUUUGGUGAGUUAUGACGUGGCAUGGGUAAAAAACAUAAAUCUCCUAAAUCUUCUUUUGCAGGACGGCCUCCUUUCGCACGAGGAAAUGGUUGCGGUAAUGCGACGCCGUAUGCGUCGCGGACUCGAAAGACCGCGCGACACUGGACUCUUCCGACUUUUUGACGCGAUUUUAGAAUGUGGAAAAAGGGCCUAUCAUGCUUCGCCUUUGCCAUUUUACUGA